GGGGUUACUAGUCUUAAGGCUGGUUGUCCCACGGGAUCGACCUUUUCGGCUCGAGUUAAAAAUGGACCACUAGUGGCUCCACUUAGCUUCACGUUCGGAAGAGCCUUGAGAAUAGGAACAACAGCCUAUCGUUAUCUUGCUCCCCUCUUUCCUAUAGGAAGGGUCACCUGCAGAGUAACCGUCUCUUUACUAACCAGGCCCAGCCACCUUGUGGCGUGCUGUUGGAAUACCGUGUCCUGGAAAUGCGCUUUUUCUGGAUUCUGCGCUCGGAGCACUCAUGAGUGUUGAAUCACCUGUGAAAUUUGCACAGCAAAAGCCGCCAAGGGGAUUAAGAGGGUGUCAUCGCUGGCAUAAAGUGCUUCACUACUUCAUCUCCAGUGGAAGCUUUGGGCGUGCAGUCAUCACAUCCCUCUACACAGUCCAGCCUGGAGGUCUGCUGACAAUGAUCAUGCGUGCUAACCUCGAGGGUAUGGAUUGCCCAACAUGCCUGAAAGAACAAUCUUCUCCAACAGCACAGUGUCACUCUUGGUUAGUUCAAGCUAUAAAUCCUCUCCAUUAAUAUCAACCAUAUGAAGGUUAUUU